CUCGAGGGCGGGGCUCCCCGCGCGGGGGGGCCCCGCGCCGCGGCCCGGCAGCUCCGGAGCUGGCGUCUGGAGGCCAGCCGCUCGGGCGAUGGGGUGCGCGUGCGCGACGGCCGCGGGCGUGGCCGGCGGCCCCCAGAAGCGGCAGGAGCACGUCGCGGCGGCCCCGACGUCCGCGCCGGACGCGCGGGGCUCGGGCAGCAAGGCGUCGCAGCCGCCCUCGAGCGGCCCGCAGACGCAGCAGACGCCGCCCUCGCGGCGGAAGGACCCGCCGGAGCAGUCGAGUUCCUCGCCGCCAGCCAGGGUGCGUUCGGGGCGCUUGGUGCCGACGCUAGGCUCGGUGGACGAGUCCAGCAUGAUGGAGCGGCGGCGGUCCUCGGGGUCGAGAUCCUCGGGCUCCACGAGAUCCUCCACCAGCCUGUCCCCCGCGACCUCCCCCGAGCUGAACAGGCACUUCAGCCUGAUCUCGAGAUCGGCGGUCUCGGAGCCAGGAGCUACGCGAGGACGGCUACAAGGGGACAAGCGGAACGGCAACACUUAGAAGGACUCGCGGUGCGCGUCCUGACCAGCUGCCCCGCCCGUUCGCCGGGCGCGUUCUGCUUGGGCAUUGGAUCCAACUCCUCCUCCUCCCCUCCUCCUCCUCGUCCUCCUCCUCCUCUUCCUAUUCCUCUCGCUCUUCUUCCUCUUCCUCCUCCUCUUCUUCCUCC